UUCCUGCGCGGCCCGCUGGGCGUCCUGCGGCUGCUGCAGCUGCUGGCCGGCGCCGCCUUCUGGAUCACCAUCGCCACCAGCAGGUACCAGGGCCCUGUGCACUUCGCGCUCUUCGUGUCCGUGCUCUUCUGGUUGCUGACCCUGGGCCUCUACUUCCUCACGCUGUUGGGCAAGCACGAGCUGGUGCCCGUGCUGGGCUCGCGCUGGCUCGUGGUCAACGUGGCUCACGACCUGCUGGCGGCUGCGCUCUAUGGCGCCGCGACAGCCAUCAUGAUCGACCAGACGCAGAAACACAGCUACUGCAACCUCAAGGAUUACCAGAUGCCCUGCGCCUACCACGCCUUCCUGGCGGCCGCUGUCUGCGGCGGCCUCUGCCUUGGCCUCUACCUGCUCUCGGCGCUCUACGGCUGCUGCCGCCGCUGCCAGGGCGAGCUGGAAGUGGUGUGAGGCCGCCGCGCCGCGGAGCGGGGACCCUGCGGAGACCGGCGCCCCACCCUGCCCUGCCGCCCCGCGUCCGCGCGCCUUGACGCCCUCCCUUGCCCUGAGUUCCCGCCGCCGCCCGCGCCGGGGCACCCUGACACGCAGUUCCCGCUGGACGGCAGCGCCACCGCCCUGAAUCCGGACCGCUGCGCCGGAUGCGCUGUCUCCAGGGACCCGGACCGGGCUACCUCUGAGGGGCGGAUGCGCACUCAGACUGGCCGCCCGGGGGCGAAACCUCUCGGUUCCUUUCCCCCUUCCCUGCCGAGAGAGAGACGUGGACGGGCGCCGCAGAGAUCCGGGGGAGACUCCCAAAUCGGAAACAGUUCUCUGGCUGCUCCCCUACACCCUCCUCGCCUCCCCGCGGAGGGAAGAACAUCCCUUUUCCCGGGCUUCUCUUCCAGCCUCGAGCGUUGUGAAAGCAGGCACACAGCUGCAGGCGGUGCUGGGCACAGGCCGCCACUGGUCCCGGGAUGAGCGACGAGUUUGGUUUUAGCUUGGGAUUGUGCGGGCAUCUUGCGCAGCCCUUCCCGGCCCAUCUCUCGAUGCUUUGGUAUCUUGGGGUGGAACCCAUCUCCGAAGGCGAGGAUGGAUGGACGGCAAGAGCCCCGGCCUGUAUUCUUGCCUCUGCCUGUUCCGCCUUUGUUCUGGCGGUUCUUGGAAGCCAGAUCCAAACUCACACUAGUUUCCCAGGCCUAGCCUUCCCAGCCUUCCUCUCACAGGCUUCUGUUCCACUCCCACCUCCUAAUAUCCUUUUGCAUUAGGGAUCCCACACCACCGGCACGGAAUGUUAGGGUGAGCCUCACUCGUUUUUACAGAUGGAGCCCUAGAGCUUGCUCGUAAAACAGCCAGAAUAAUAUUAGAAGCUCAUCUCAGCGCUUCCAAUCUAGCACUGUUUACAUUAAAGCAGUGGGUAUUCCCAGGGAUUCUGGCUCAGGAGUUACCCUCUAAAAGAGGGUUUCAGAGUCAAAUGGAUUUGUCAAGGGUGCAUAUCAAAGGCUCUGAGAGGUCCCGCUGUAAAAGAAGACAGAGGUAUAAGUGUUUACUGCCUCUGGGCCUGGAUCAGUUUUUGCCGCCUUAAGGUUUCUGGCAGCCCUGUGCUGUCCUCUGUGCUGUCCUGACUCUCAAUCAUUCCAACCCAUUGGCUAUGGUCUGUUUGAAGUUUUGGGGUGGCCCUGUCUUUCCCAAGGACUUUCUCUAGCAGAAGGAGGGCCCGGGCGGGUGAAGGAAACUAGCUGCCCCUGCCAGGCCAGCGAGAGACCUGGAACUGGUGAAUUCGAACAUUCCUUUAAAUUGUUUGAGAAAUGUAGCCAAGGUUCCGGGUGAUUUCCCAAGUCAAAAGGAACGUCACCUGUAAGAGAUCCUGGCAUUGACCGUGACAGUGGUCAGACUUACCAAAGAGAGAAGAAAACCCUGGAGCUGGGGUGAACAGCUGGCCGGACCUCUAUAAGGUUUCCAUGUUGCUGUGGCCGUGGAGAUUCCCAGGGCCUGCUUCCUUGGAUGGGCAGCACCAUUCUGGCCUGGGCCAGCAUAGGGUUUCAGAGUGGGGAGAAGGAAUGACCUCUGCCUACCAGCUUCCCAGCUGCCCAACACCAUGCAAUGGAAGAGCCAAGAUGGAUGAAGAUUCAUUUUGCCUCAAUACAAGAGAAAUUCUGAUUCUCCUCAUGCUAUGACGUGGGAGCAAGAUUCCAAACACCUGGAACUGAGCUGUGUGCCUCUGUACCCUAAACAAUGGGUUUUGGCUCCAGCUUUUGUUCCUUUUUUUUUCUCCUUUCUUAUACCAUCAUCAAAGCUGCAUCCUCAGCUCAGAUCCAAGUCCCUGAGGAUGUUUUCUUAGCCGCCCAGCCCAUGGUGCUCUGUCUGUGGUCAGGUGACCUUACUCAGGAGCAGAUCUCUCCUUGGCCUUCAUGGUAUCUUAUCUAUCCAGAUGUGCCUGAAACAUUCCAGUGCUCACUGGCUCUUAAAGAUGUGCCUUCCGCUUGGCCUCCAGCUGCUUCUCCAGAUGUGAGAAGGACGUGUAAGAUGGCCCCCACCCUAUCCCCUUCUCUCCCUCAAGGCCCUGUGCUAUAGGAAUGGCCACCUGUCCUGGCAUGGAACUUUUGGAUACUGGAGGCAGUCCCAUUGGCCUCUUUCUUUGGACUCCAGGACUCAGUCUAGCCCAAGACCACUGUAGGCUGCUCUCAGCCCAAAGUCUGGGACCUCUUGUAGACUCAAGAGAAGAUUUUUCCAGCGUUCUACAAAGGACACAAGCAACGGUGGGAAUGGAAGGGGUGAGGGCCGUUAGGGAGAGGGACCUAAGUGCCUCAUUUAAUAGUUCAGUGGUGAUUACUAAUAUGCUUUUCUGAAUAAAGUUUGGUUUGUCUGGUC